GCCAAUGCAAUGCAAAGAUCAAUAACUUAAAGCUCAACUAUGAAUCCCAGAACAAUGUCAGUCAUACCACAAUUCAACGGCUUUCAGCCCAAAGGGAGGAUGAUGCAUCUCAGCAUCAACUGCAAUAUGACAGGAUGCAAGCAGAGGGAGAUGGUUAUGGAGAAGGAGCUCAGGAGGCUGAAGAUGUUUGUCAACCAGGCAGAGGAACUAAAGAAGAGGGCAGAGGAAGAAGCUCAUCGGGAGCGCUCAAUAAUCACAGUUGAAGGACAUAAGAGAAGAGAACUAGAAAGUGAGGUUGAGGUUUUGAUCAAGCAGAGAGAAGAGGAAAACAACAAGUACAAAGAGGAUUUGGUUGAAGUUAGACAGGGGCUACAGAAGAAGACUGAGCAGUUGGCCUAUGUCACCCACAGUCUGGAGGAAGAGGUGCGAAGGAGGAAAACUACAGAAGAAGGAAAAGAUGUGCUUGAACAGACCUUGGCCGAACUUCAAGAAAAGCUAACUAUUUCAGCAAUGGCAGUGGCCCAACUAAUGGAGUGUGAGGCAGAGCUUCAGAAUGUGCGUUUCGAGCUGGAGAGGGAAAAUAGGGAUCGGAGUAGAGUAGAAGACAACCUGAAUCGGUUACAGGGCCGCAUAAAGGACAUUCAGUCUGUCAGAGAUGACCUGGAGAUCCAGUUAGCUAACUUAAGGAAAGCCAACCAAGAGGAAGUCUUGAUAAGAAGGCAGAUUGAGAUAGAGUUAGAAAAGACCAUGAUGGCAAUGAGAGAGUACUACUGCACCAUUACCACUUUACGUCAGAACCAAGAACAAGUCGACACAUCGGAAAUGAGAGGGGAAAAACAGUGUCUUAUAUUGCAGGAGGAACUGGAAAGGAGCGUGAAACAAAACAGAACCUAUGUGGAACAGUUAGCACAGCUGAGCAUUGAGAUAAAAGCCCUGCAGCAUCAAGUGUUACAAGAGCAAGUAAAAGUUAAAGAGGUGAACCAAAGUAAUGAGGGUCUUUACAGAACUAUAGAGGAGAAGAGUAAAUCUCUAAAUGAGAACUACGCUGAGCUUCAAACUCUGAAGGAGAAGACUGAAACCUUGAUGAAAGAAAGGCUGAGGCUGGAGGAGGAGCUUAGGGCAACACGACAUGAUAAAGCAGAACUUUUGAGGUCCAAAGAGGAACGUGAUGAUGAGAUCUUCUGCCAAAUUACCGCCCUGGAGCUGCAGCUGCAGGCCAGCGAGCGCAGCAAUGUUGACUACCACAACCUUGUCUCAGAGCUCUCUUUGGAGAGGCACAAUCUCAAACUGGAAACUGAGAAAAUACAAAUUCAGGAUACUGAGGUACUUCGAAGUCUGAAAGCUAAUCCCAGAUUGCUCCUAUCUCUCCAGAUGAUAUUAUUUGGAACAAUCAAGUAGUCAUCACUGCCCAGUAGACAAAUUCUUGAUUGCUUGCAUGAACCUCAAAAUCAUCUUCUCUAGUUGCUUCUCAAUUAGUAGCCUGAUUUCCCAAAAGUUUGAAUGGUGUCUCCAAGGAACAUAAAAAGACAUGACUUUUUACCCCAUAUUGAAUUAGUAAUAAUUAAUUAGUAAUAAUUAAUCAAUUAGCGGUUGUUGCCUGUUACACAUUCCUUAUAGUAUGCUAAUACGGGGUCAUUUUUACUGUUGUGUGACAGAACAGCACACUAAUUUUAAUGUAAGAAUAUAAUUAUUUAUUGGUUUACAAAACAAUUUAAAAUGCUCCACAGAAAAUAUGUUUUUCUAUUUUGAGUAAUUCCACAGAGAUGUUAGGAGUAUUUCAUGUCUCAUGUUAGCAUUUCUCUUUGCACCAUAAAUUCCUAAUCCCAAAGUCUUUCAAUUAGUUGCACGGUGUUCGGAAAGUCACUGUGCACUCUUCCAGUCGUAUUGUUUUUAUAUUUCAGAUUUUAUUCAUAUGUACACUACCUUCUUUAUUCUAUAUUGAAACAUGUAUGUUAAUAAAAAUGUAAGUGCACAGUCACUUGCCGAACACCCUGUAUAAUGCAUGUCCCAAUUACUGUAAUUGAAAUACUUUAUUUUUGGUGUCGACGAUAUUGCUACCAAGGGACAGUAAAAGCAUUGAUUC